AUGACCUUCCCACCACUGGAAGAGCAAUUUGGCAAGAGACGGAAGCUAACAGAAGCGGACCGGAGGAGGUUGGAUAAAUCCGAUAACCAAGUGUUCCGCGGGGAGGGCCCGCUCUUUCGUUAUGGAUUUCGGAAGAAUGAAACGUUGUCGAAAAUAGGAACUAUUGAUGGCCUGGAGAUAAGGAUUAACGGAAAGAACGCAGGUGUUGAUCAGGUGCCUGCAUUCGAGGAUAUUCAGCAGAGCAAUCUAUCAUCGCAGCCAAUGCUGUUGGAUCAUGAGGAGACUGUUCUUCGGGAACCGUCAAGGACAUCGAUGGUAACGAUGCCGACUGGUGAAUACUCGUCCGUUAUCCCGGAUUAUCAUUCAAGCCGGACGUCGCUGCUCUCGUCACCAUCUAAUAUUUGGAUUUCCCAGUCAAGAGUCCUUUCGGGGUACUUGUCUGAUUAUUGA